UGGCAACCCUGUGCGAAUCAAUGCCAAAAUUUUAGGUUAUGUGUAUAUGUCGCAUGUGUUUUUAUUUGAAAUUUUAUUAUAGCCCUAAUUAAACGCAAACAAAUGGCUGUGAAAGGAAAGGUGGCAAAAGCCAAAAGAAAUAACCAGAAAAGGAACAAACUAGUUAAACAAGGCGUAAUAAAGAAAAAUGAUGGAAAACCCAAAAAGAAUAUCAAAGCAGCACCCCCCAAAGUUGUUAAAAAGCCUGAACCACAGGAUGAUUCUGAAGAAAGUGACCACGGGGAGGAUUUGUUGGAAAUGGUCGAUGAAGAAGACAUCGAUUUCCUAAAACAGGCCAUCAGCAAUAGGUCCUACAAACUUUUGAACAAAGUUAAAUACACAGGGCCUGUAGCAAAAAAGAUAAAGGUUGACGAUGAUGAUUUGGAGAAUAACUAUGAAGAAAUUAAUUAUGACGAUUCGAAGAAUAUCAAAAUGAGGAGUUUAUUGCCCAUCAAAACCAAAAAUAGGAUCAUUCCUCGCGAAAUUGUUGACACAAGAGGUGAUGCCACUGAUGAAGAGGAAGAAGUAGAUGCGGAAGAAGAAAACGAUGAAGCUGAAGCUUCAGAUGCUGAAGAAUAUACUUUAGAGGACCAUGAAUUUGAUGCCGAAAAACCCAUAUCGGCCACACAACUUUUAGCAACGAGAAAUGAAGUAUUAAGGCAAAGAAAAAUACACAUCGGUACAUUGAGUUCAGGAUUACUGGAAAAUCCGGAAGAAAAAAUAACAAAUCUGAGAACUCUGCUCAAAAUAAUGGACGAAGAAACCCCCGAAGUUUAUUUGACUGUCAGAAAGUUGGUUAUUGUUUCUUUGGUGGAAGUUUUUAAAGAUAUUUUGCCUUCAUAUGAAAUAAAAAAUAUCAAUGCAAGCUCUGAUGGACCAAAAUUAAAAAAGGAUACUCUAAAACUGUUUAAAUUUGAAGAAAAUUUGUUGCAAUACUAUAAAAAGUUCCUUCAAAAACUCGAAAAGUAUUGUUUGCUUUUAAUGAAGAAAAAAGGCAAUUCCAAACCAAGAUCUGAGGAAGAAUUGAAGAUGGGAGAGUUAGCAGUCCAUGCAAUGUGUGAUCUUUUGGUGGCGCACCCUUAUUUUAACUUUGCACCAAACAUUGCACAAGUCUUGGUGCCAUGUUUGAAUAACCCUAGAAAAAGUGUCAGGGAGACUGUGAAAGCAGCAGUUAAAACUAUCAUUAAAGAGGAUAAAAAAGAAGAAAUAACGCUUAAAAUACUAAGAAUUAUAAAUCAAUACUUAAAAAACCAUACACAUAAUACAAACACAGAUACCUUGGAAGUUCUAUUGGUUUUAAAUUUGAGAGAUGUUAAUUUGGACAGGGAGAAAGAGGUUGAAAUGAAGCAGAAAAAGUUGAUGUCGCAUAAAUCCAAUGUUUUGCAAAUAUCCAAAAAGGAAAGAAAGAGGAAGAAAAAACUCAAAAUGUUGGAACAAGAACUUUUAGAAACAAAAGCGGAGGAAAACGUGCAGACCAAACAGAAAAACCUGACUGAAAUCACCAAGAUUGUUUUUAACAUUUACUUUAGGAUAUUAAAAAAUUCUUCCAAUUCCAAAGUUUUAGGUGUAUGUUUGGAAGGGCUGGCCAAAUUUGCACAUUGCAUAAAUUUGGAAUACUAUGUGGACAUAGUAAAUGUCUUGGACAGCCUCCUGAAGGAAGACUGGCUGGGCUACAAAGAACAGCUUCACUGUGUGCAAACAGUAUUUGCGAUUCUUGGCGGCCAAGGUGAAGCAAUAAACCUUGACCCGACCAGGUUUUACAACAGCCUUUACAAGGAUAUGUUCAAAACAACCGCCGCUAGAAACCACGACAACAUCCUAAUUCUGCUGAAAACUCUUGAUGACGCUCUGAUAAAAAGAAGGAAGAAAAUAACAAACAAAAGAAUGAUAGGGUUCAUAAAGAGGUUGGCCACUUUGAGCCUGCAAUUGUUGCACAACGGCUCUCUAGGCUGCCUUUCGACGAUUAAAAAUAUCAUGCAGCUGAACAGGGCCGUAGAUAUUUUACUGGAUUUGGAUAAUGCGGUCGGUGAAGGUAAAUUCCAACCGGAUUUGGACGACCCGGAGUAUUCCAAUGCUGCCACCACAGCGAUGUACGAAAUGACGUUGCUGAGGAAACAUUAUCACCCCAUAGUGAAUAAAUAUGCCAACAAUAUCGCCAGUGGCGUUCCUGCCACAGGGGAAGGAUCCCUACCUUCCGAAUACUGGAAAAGCACCCCGGAGCAAUUGUUUACCGAGUUCAGCAUGUCAGAGAUGGGAUUUAAUCCUCAAGUUCCCAUUCCCAACAAAGCCCAGCCCAAGAAUACAGUUAAAAGAAUUAUUUUUGCAGACAAUACAUUCGAAACUGAAUGUAGACAAGUUUUAAAAGCAAAAAGGAAAAAUGCUUGUUUUUGGAUAGACGAUUCAAAGUUGUUAAAGUAAUAAAAUUUAAAUUUUAUUAAAAGUUACUUAUUUUGU